CCAACCAAAAGCUUCUGAAUUAUUAUUAACUCCAUCCCCACCACCUCUACUCUUGCUGCUGCUGCAAUUCAUUCUAUCAUCAUCCACAUAUAUAUAUAUAUAUGGAUAUGGAAAUCCAACUGGUUUCAACAGAAUACGUCAAGCCUUCUUCUCCCACACCCCCUCACCUUAAAACCUUCCACAUUUCUCUCUUGGACCAGCUCCUCGCUUCUGCUUACGUUCCCAUCGUCUUCCACUUCCCCAUACCGGAUGCUACCUCCGUCAAACAAGUGUUGGCUCGAUUAAAGACUUCGCUCUCCCAGACCCUGUCUCGAUUUUACCCACUCGCCGGACGACUUAAAGAUCAUAUGUCCUUCGAAUGUAACGAUGAAGGGGUUCUAUUUAUAGAAACUCAUGUUAAUCGUGACAUGUCCGAGUUUCUCAAGCACCCAGAACUCGACGCCCUGCACCAAUUUGUUCCUUACCAAGACUUCGUGCCCGAGCCAGAAACUACCUUAUCUCACCUAGCUAUUCAAGCCAAUGUAUUUGCUUCUGGGGGAAUUUCCAUUGGCGUGUCCAUGUCGCACAAGGUCCUAGAUGCAAAUACGUUGGUUUCUUUCCUCAAGUGUUGGACUGCCUUGUGUAGCGGCUGUCAGGACCAAGCAAUAUUCCCUGACCUCAGCUCAGCAUCCUCGCUUUUCCCUCCGAGGUCCGAACAACUACCACGUAGCAUGGCAUAUCUCAAGGAGAGUUGGUUGAACGAAGGGAAAAGCAUCUUGAGGAGAUUUGUUUUUGAUGGCGAUGCCAUAAAAGCUCUGAAGAUCAAGGCCACUAGCCAACUAGUUCCUUAUCCAAGCAGCUCCCAAGUGAUAACUUCUUUAAUCUGGACACGUGCAAUGGCCGCUUCCGCAACGGUCAAAGGCUCCCAACACCCAUCCACGUUGGUCUUUGCAGUAAACAUGCGGCCGCGAAUAGCAUCACCGUUGUCUGAAAAUGCAUUUGGGAAUAUCUUCUGGCUAACAAGUGCACACCACAAUGCAGCCCACACAAACGAAGAUGAUGAGCUGCAAGUUGUGGUGGGUCGGGUGAAGGAAGCAGUUAAAAAGCUAGACAGUAAUUUUAUCCACAGUAUGCAAGGGGAUGAAGGGUUUCACAACAUUCGCAAGUUGAUGGAAGAAAGAGACGAAGCAUAUGCCAAAGAAAGACCCGAAAUGUACAUGGUCAGCGACUUGAGAAGUUUCAGAUUGUCGGAGUUGGACUUCGGGUGGGGAAAGCCUAUUUGGGUUAGCCAUGUUUGGGGAUUCCCCAGUUCGGUAUUUGUGAAUGGGGUAUUUCUAGCGGAAAGCAGCGUGAAUGGAGGAGGAAUAGAAGCAUGGGUGCACUUGGAUGAGCCUGAAAUGGCUAUUUUGGAGCAAGAUCCUGAAUUCCUACGCUACGCUUCCUCAAAUCCUGGUUUUCCAGUGCCAACGUCAGUCAUAAAUUGAUGCUCUUGGCAUUAAAGAGAAAAUCAGUCUCCAUCUUAAGUCCUUUCACUUUUAUUUAUUUAUUUGUAAAUAAUGGUAUUAUGUAUAUACAUGUGUGUAUUAUGCACCUUAAUUUCAUUAGAUGGGCCGGAAAAUGGAGAACAUGAUGGGGUAACCAUUCUAAUAUUUUCUGAAUUCUUGUAUAUGGCGUCUCCAAUUUCACCCUCUUUUUUUUAUUUAUUUGUAACAAUUAAUGACAUUAUAUGACAUAAUAUAUAAGCGGAUUAUACACCUUUGA